AUGCCCGGCUCUACCCCCAACGGUCGCUCCAAUCGAGCCGGGGCUUCAAAGAACCCGGUCGCGACCCUCGUCGUGACCCUCAAGCUGGCCCCUGAAGCCCUGCAGCAGUUUAUGGAGGACUCAUCUGACCUCCAAGCCUCCAAUCCCUCGUCCAACCUGGACAAGGCCGCCGAACGCUCCUCGCCGGCCUCCUCCACAGAAGUCCCUGCGGCCCGUCCAUCCUCCGCAGACGCCGACUCUAACGCCGAUGCGAACUCAACACCCGCCACCGGGGCGACCCCAGGCGACACCCCACGACGGAAGGGAAUCCCGGGACCCAAGCCCGGCAACAAGCGCGGCAAUGGGCAGACGGAGCCCGUCGCGCGAGUACGCGGUCGACCGGGUCCCAAGAAGAAGCCUCGUCUGGAGGAAAUCGGCGAGCUGGGUAAGGUGCCCGUCGCCCACCGACUCGGACCGAAGGCCAACACCGGCGCCAUCAACGCGGGCCUGCGAGCCUUGGACCGCACCGGCGCUCCAUGCCGCAAGUGGGAGCGACAGCCGCUCAAGCUGCGCAGCUUCACCGGUGUGAUGUGGCAGCUGCCCGCCUGGGGCAGCUACAAGAUCGCAAGGUCGGAUACGGAUGAAAGCAAAGGGGCCGCGGGCCUAGAGAGCGGUGACAGCGACACUAAGAUGCUGGCUGCCCCGGGCACCGACACGGUCAAUGGCAGCAGCGCCGUCCCUAGUGAGAAGAGUACUGGCGAUGGCGAUGGAGAUGUUACUCCGGCGCCAUCGAACCUGGUCGAGCCCUCGUCGCCGGCUAUUGCCUCGGCUGCAUGA